CCUCGCAGCUAGCAAGGAAACAUGGCCGCUGUGCUAGGACGUGUGUUCAUUUACGGAGGAAGAGGAGCACUGGGUGCUGCGUGUGUGGCGCACUAUAAAGCACAAAAUUGGUGGGUUGCUUCAAUUGAUCUUAAAGCAAAUGAUCAGGCUGAUGCAAACAUAUUGGUCAAGCAUGAUGAGAACUGGAUUGAACAGGAAGUGAAUGUAAUGACACAGGUUGGAACUUUGUUGAAUGGAGAAAGAAUUGAUGCUGUUAUUUGUGUUGCUGGGGGAUGGGCUGGUGGAAAUGCUGCAUCAAAAGAGCUGGUAAAGAAUGCUGAUUUGAUGUGGCGCCAGAGUGUUUGGAGCUCCACCAUUGCAGCUUCAAUUGCAGCCCAGUUUCUGAAGGAUGGUGGGUUACUGACUCUUCCAGGCGCUAAACCAGCACUUGGGCCAACUCCAGGUAUGAUUGGAUAUGGAAUGGCAAAAGCUGCUGUUCAUCAGCUCACCAAGUCACUAGCUGCAGAGAACAGUGGACUUCCACCCAAUUCUCUUGCAGUUGCAAUUCUGCCAGUGACCCUUGACACACCAAUGAAUCGCAAGUGGAUGCCAAAUGCAGACUUCUCAACUUGGACACCACUUGAAUUUGUUGCAGAAUUAUUUCUGCGGUGGAGCAGAGGAGAAGAACGUCCCCCAAAUGGAAGCCUUGUACAUUUAGUGACAAAGAAUUACACCACAGAUUUGUUGUUAGUGUAAAUGGAAAUGAAGGUUUCCAGUUUUAAGCGUUUCUGGUGCUGAUUCAACUGUGUAGGGGCCAAGAAUAUAAAGGAAUCUCUAUGUAUAUUAUAUGUACAUAUAAUUUGUUUAUAAAUGCUUUAUGUAACAUUGUUAUUUAAUUCAUGCUUGGGAAAUCUUUUAAUAUGCAUUUAUUAGAUCAGAUUGCUUAUCUGUUAGUUACUUUGAAAAUACUCCAAAAUAAAAAGUGUCUGGUAGGUGUGAUUAUUUAAUCACCAGUGUCCUGUAACCAUCAUAGAACAGUAUAGUUAUCUACAUUACAUACAUUCCAUGACAUUUCCUAUGUAUCAAUAUAAGAUAAACCACAUAUUGUUUUUUACUGUUACCUGUCAGUAAUCUAUAUCAGAUAUAGUUUACCUUUCCACUUUGUUUUAAGUAGUGUUUCAAAAGAAUUUUCCAGUUCUUUUCAUAUUUUAAGAUUUUAUACUUUGAUUUUAUGUGAAAUGUACUAAAUAUUAGUUCCUGUAUUAUAUCAUAUUUAUUCCCACCCAUAUUUGUCGUGUAAUUGAAAUACCAGGCAUUACUCAAACACCAUUAGAUCUCAGUCUAGAUGUGUUCUGUCUGGGUAUGACGGCAUUUGGGAUGAAUGCAGUGUUUAUUAUUGUUACAUGAUGUUGGAUGGUUAAAGAAAAGAAUUUAUGUCGAUCACACAAUUGAUAUUUUGAGCAUCAUUACAUAAAGUAUAUGUAUA